UUGAGAACGAGACUCUCUUUUACCGGCUCCUCUGCGCUCUCUUCGAUUCACUUCCCUCCUUUUUUCCCUCCUCCUCCAUCUCCUCCGCCCUUUCAAACCCUAAGGAACAACCAAGCGAACGGUGUCCCUCUUCCGCGUGCCCUUCUCCGCUGGAUUCCUGGAAUCUUCCGCUCCUCUCCACGGCGGCUUCCUAUCUCCUGGACGCGUAUUUCCUCCCGCCUGCUCCCGUGCCCUAAAUCCCCCGCUCCGACUCCGACUUGUAGCCCAUCCUAGAAUUGGCGCUGCGUUGCCCCUCGCCCGUCCCUGCAGGCCCUCCGACGACGCGAAAAGUGGCGGGUUGUCGAAAAGCCAGCGUCUUGGUGGGUCUUCCACGCUGGUUCGGUUCUAGGGCAUCGGUGGGUUGAAGAAAAAUCGCAUCUUGCGUUGGUCUCGCACGUUUCCUGGACUGGUCGUUGGAGUCUUCGGCGCUGGGAGCCUAGGGUUUUCUUCGGUGUAAGCCCUGGUGUGAAUCUUAGCUGCUGUGAUCUGCUUUCUUGGAGCUGGAGGUACUUGGUAGCUUCUGAUCAAUUGGAGGUGGCUUAUUGUAGAUGGUUUAGAUUGGUGAAUUGAGUUGUGUCCGUGGAUCACGCUCCAAUGGAGAGGGUGGUGGAGUGAGCAGGGAACGUGGUAGGUAUUGGAAGAGAAAUGAAGCGGAUAUGAGUAGGCUGUCAUUCCGGCCUCGUCCUCUCGACAUUCACAAGAAGCUCCCUGUUGUAAAAUCUGUUAAAGAAUUUGAGGAUGAUGAGGCACCUAGUACCACCCCUUCCACUCGAAACUCUCUGCUUCAUCGUCUUGCAACUGAAAAUGACACCGAGACGAAUCAAACACUCAGCAAGAAAUCUUCACAUGAAAUUCCUACUCCACAAUUUAACACUGUGGAAACAUAUGAAAGAGACUAUUCUCGCACCUUCAUUCAAACUACAUCAUAUAUACGUGGAAGAGGAGCCAGGGCUGAGAUUGGUGAAUUUGUUGAAUAUGAUUUGGAUGAUGAGGAUGAGGACUGGCUUGAAGAGUUUAACAACGAAAGAAAGAUUAUUUCGUCUGAAAAGUUUGAGACCCUUCUCUUCAAGUUGGAGGUUUUGGAUCACAAAGCUCGAGAAAGAGCAGGAGUUAUAACACCCACUUUUGGAGCUCCUAUUUCUGUUCUUUUACACCUUGAUUCUGCAGCAGAGGCUUUACAGUCGCUGUCUGUACGUUUUGCAAUUUUGCAGUCAGUAUAUAAUUAUUGGAAGACAAAGCGAGAACGGUGGCAAAAACCUAUUCUGCGCCGCUUGCAGCCUCCUCCCCCGGUUAAUGAUACAAAUCCAUAUAAUGUGUUCAGACCCAGGGAAAAGGCACACCGCCUUCACACAAGAAGGAUGCAAAGAAGGGAAAACAAUGUUCAGUCCUUUGAAAAACUUAGACAGGUUAGACGUAGCUUUGACCAGGCGAAGAGAGUAGUGGAAGCUCUAAUUAAGAGGGAAGGGAAGAAGCGAUUGCUCAUGGAAUGUGAGGUCAAUCUUCAACGCGUCCAGAUGAAGUAUAAGCUUAUCGAAGAUCGAAUGGUGUUCCCAAGCUUGCAACGAGCUUCAUGCAAGCUGGCCUCAAGUGAUGAUGACUAUAUGGACUCGGAUGAUACAACAAAUGGUCAUCCGUAUGCCAGGCCUGCAUCUGCCCAUCCAAAAUAUGCGGACUCUAAGUUUGCAAUGGUCCCUACAGGUCAAAUGAAGCGUGAACUGAAACAGAGAUCUGCUUCAAACGGGUGGCUACAGAAGAGGGAUCCUGAUGAGCCUAUAUUGCUAUUUACGAGACCUCUGGAUCCAGACAAGCUUGCUGCUGUAGGCAUUAUGCAACCGCUUUGUCCACCUGCCGAGAAUGGCUCCGUAGCAUCAACAUACCGCUUCCAUGGCAGGAUUGGACGAGGAGGGCGGAUAAUCUUUGACCGUUGCAACCCUCUUUUACGAUCUCCAAUUGGCGAGGAAAGUCUUCCUUGUGUAGCAUAUCCGAGGUCUUCUCCUCCUGAUGGCUAGACUGGUGGUGUUUUUUUGAACUUCAUGUGCAUGCAUGAUUUGCUUGUGAAGAUUAAUGGGUUGGAGAAGCAGCUAAAGGCCUUCUUGAGAUUACUUGAUUUAGUCGAGAGCAAUCGUCCAAGCAUUAGGGUUUCACAAGUCACAAAGGUGGCAUUGGAGCAGCAAGUGCUGUGAACACUAAUUAUUAAGCACAUGGAAUGGACACGAGACCUUGUGUGAGUUAGGCAUGCUGACCAUUCUUCAUUGCUAUUCAUGGCCAUCUCUUUUUUUCAUCACCACUGUGCAAUUACUUGUGCCUCAGGGGAAAAGCCAAGUACUUUCUAACCUCAAUGUUUGUCCAUUCUUUCGGCUUGUAAUUGUGGCAUAUAAUCCAUAUUGUGUACUUGUUAUUUUUA